AUGGGACAACCUGGGACGAACCCGCUGCAUCCCCAUGGCCACAGCAACGAACUAACCCAUGUGGUCCAAAUGAGGGGGGCAUUCAGUCAGGCAAGGAGGACUGCAAUGAGCAUCAACACGGAAGGGCGUAAACAAGUGGAAGAAUAUGUGGGGGGGGAAAUGAGUAACCCUUGUGGAUACUCCCCACGUAAUAGAAUCAGAACAGAUGGAAGAAUCCACAACGAAAAUGAUUAUACUAGUGAAGAGAGUAAACACAAAGUGGACUGUGGGCUGUCCAUGAGGGGUGUGAAAAGGAGGUCCCCACAGGAGGAAAACAGCCAACAGGGCAAGCCAGAACUUAAUGCAGUAAACAAUUUGUGUAAAAAAAUUUUCUACCUAAGCAAGAAUGGGGUGAAAAAUGAAAACGUCUGGAAGAAUUACUUAAUCGAGGUAGGUAAAGAAAAAAAAAACUUCCACCUUGUAAGUACAAAAAAUGUGUUUCUCCUAUUGCUAGGUUUGAGUAAGAGUCAACACAUCGUUAAGGGCCUCCUGCGUCAUGGCACCGUUAGCAGGGAACACAAAAUGGAAGAAGAAACACACACAGAGGAUGUAGUGGAUACCCUUAUAGGCACCCUAGUGAACAGGAUGGAUCGGCUAACAAACAGCCAACGGAGUCUCCUCCUGCACAUCAUCCAAAAGUUACACAAGAUCAAACAGUACAACCAUGUGGUAAACGAAAUUAAUAGCAGGAUUUUGGAAGGAACCCCUUUAAAGAAAUUGAGCGCGAGAGCCUUUUCUAGCGUCCUCCACGUCUAUGCUAGUGGUGGAACUUCAGUUUCAUCUAGGGAAGGAGAAGCUCCUACUUGUAUGCGUCGGCCCCUUGAAGAAACCAUAAGCAGUACCUUUUCGGAACGAAAUGGACAACAGAACAAACUGGUGAAGGUUCUCCUUAAGGGAAGAGUGAGCAUGGAAGAUAUCCUCCGUCUCCUCGGAGCCAUGCACAAACUAAAAAUAAAAAAUAAGGAGAUCCUUCAAUGCAUCGUACAAAUUUUAAAUGAAAAAGUGAGAAACGAGAGUUACUUCCUAACUCCUUCUCUUCUUCUGUACAUGGCCAACCUAAACGUGUACAAUGAGGAGCUGUGGACAAAGUUGAAAAUGGUUGUAAUGCAGAAUUAUCGUUUCUACAAUUCGGUGCAUCUAACGAAUGUAUUUUAUGGGUUCUCGAAAUUUAGACCCCAUGAUGUGGAGGACUUGUUUGACAUUUUGGCUAGCCACAUCAUGGACACAACUUUGUAUAUGGAAAAAUGCAGGAAAGGGGAAAAUGGGUUAAAGCAGAAGAAAUCUGAUUCAGCAAAUUCUAACCUGUUUGAUGAACCCAAAUGGGAACAUGGUCUCCCUCGGGACCACACAGCCAACACGUUUUUGAACCUCUUCCAAACAACGAACAUUAUAAAGAGCUGCCUACUUUGUAAUUACCUAAAUUAUAAAUUCUUUCAUUUUUUACUUGAUCGGUUGAGAAAAUCGGAAGAACCACAAUCGUUAGACAAUCAAAUUGAUUCGCUAAAGGCAGUGUCGAGUAUAUUAAAAACGUUGAACAGAUCCGUUUAUAAACAUGUGGUAUCGUUUAAUUAUAUUGAAAAGGGGGAGAAUCUCUCCCUGCAGGACGGACAACCACACACGUACGUCCACUUGCUAAACAGUGCAACCACUCACAAGGAGAUACACACCUACACCUACAGUGGUGACAUGAGUGAUAACCACUUACCGAUGGUAGAGUACCUCUCUGUGGGGUCUACACAAAAGGAGCAAUAUCAGUUUGAAAUCUACUGGGAUGAAGUAAGAGAAAAGAUAAGAAAAAAAAUGGAACAGAAUUUACGAAACCCCGACUUGAAGCUACUGCUACAUAAAUUAAUCGUUUCUCUUUCAUCCUCCAAUGUGAAGUGUGUAAACCUAUACGCCUUGUGUUUAAUUCUAUUGGAGGAAACAAAAAAGGAGUUGAGUGUUAAUAAUUUGUUUUUGUAUGUCCAAAUUUUCCACCGAAUGAAAAUGUACAAUUAUGAAGUGUUCAAUUGGCUAGUUGAACACAUAAAGCAGAAUACACAUUUGUUAGAUGUGAAGAAAAAAAUGAAAAUUAUUUUAUUGUCUUGUAACAUUUUUAAAAGGAUAAAUGAACAGGAGAUGCAGGAAUUGUACCGCUUCUUUUUAAGUUCAGAUGAUUCUUCCGUUUCUAGAAAAGAGGAAUCAAUUUUUGUAGAUGCUCCCCCUAUGUGGGAAAUUCCCUCAGAAAUGAAUACGAGGAGAGGGGACAUGGUAGACUUGGAUUCCAUCUCGAGGUGUACCGCUACGAACAGUGUGCAUGAUGGAAUUGGCAGUUUUGCAAAUGGUGGUGAUGAUUCGGUUGGAAGGAACCCCCCCAUGGGGGAGACUAAGAAGGACCCAAAUUCUGCCUCACCAAGCAAGGUAAAUUUGUUCAUAAAAAUAGAAAAAACGGAUACGUUACCAUGCCACUUGGAGUUCACCGACUAUAUAAACUUUCUGCUCAUUUUGAUUCACAACUGGAAGGGAGAUGCAAGUGGGGGAUUUGAUCUCCUUUCUCUUAUUUCGAAGGGGCCAAAUGAUUUAGUGAAAAUUGGACACAUGGACGCAACUUUGGAUGAGCACACGAACAGGUUAAAGGAAAACCUGCACCGUGAGAGGGGCGCUAUCGUUAAGCUGUUCGAGAAGAUGAAUCAUUUUUUACGUCGAGGACCUCACGCGGAGGAGGCAGAUAAGGUGGGUAACUUGCAUGGCCUGCGUAGAGACUGCUCCCUCCAAAUGGACUACCUGCUGCAUUUUAUAAAGGCGAUAAGCGAAGAGGUGCACAACGACAUAGUGAGCGUGUUGGGGAGUCAAUUGGGUUCCCAAAUGGGAGACCGAUGCACCCCCCUUAAAAGCCCGUUCGAGUUAAAAGAGGAAGACUUGCAAUUCCUAAAUCUGUCUAGAGGCGGCAAAGGCAGUCCCCCCACAGUCCACAAUAACAAAACGAUUAAUAGGUAUAUGUAUGGAAGUGUCCGGGAGGCGGUAGACCUCCUUCGACACAAUUUCCAACUGCACAAAUGUAAUAAUAUUGCAGGUGUUUCUUCUACGAAUGGCAGAAAUUACCUGAACAAAAUGGAAUCAUUUUACAAGAUAAACGAGUUCUUAAUAGCAGAUGUAGCGUACAUUUUCGAAAAAGGGGAAAAAGAAUUAUUUCACUUUGUUCUAUUUUACCCACACGAAUUAAAAAAAACACUUGUAAGGAAAUGCGAAAAUCAGAUUUUCCUAAAACAGGAAUAUGAUGAAUCGCUUCUAAUAUGCACCGAGAUUAUUUUCUUAUACAAUUUCUUGAAGAAGAAUUUUCGGAACCAGUUUUUUUUCAGCCUUGUGGAUACCACUCCGUUUGUUAAAUUUCGCCAAUGCACAAAUGGAGAUGUGUUGGUGGGGGGAAUACCCGAUGGUGAUCUCGUCAUGCGCGAGGCCACUCGCCUUUUAGAGACCAUCUCGAACGCAUAG